AUGUCGUUGAGAGCCCCUAAGCGUCGCAGGCUCACGCCUCCCCAAUCCGAAGACGAGGAGAACCAUCCGAAGAGCCGCUCUUCCAAGAAGAUUCAGAAAGCCUUCUUCAAGAGCGCUGUUGGCUGGGACUUGGAGCAGGAUUAUGAGAGCCGCAAGCGAAAGGGUAGCAAAAAGGAUAAGAAGGAGAGCACCAGACUGCCCAUCAAGACGGCCGACGGCCGCAUCGAGCAGCUUCGCGCUCUCGAGGACGACAACGACGAUGCCGACUCAGUUGAGAGUGACGGUGAUUGGCUCGAGGGCAAGGAAGAUGAGGACGCAAUCGCUGAAGCCGAGGCCGAGAGACUACGCCAAACCCGCCGUCAGGAAGAGGAAGAAUCCGACCUUCCGGAGCAUGUCCAAAUUCUCCAGGCGAAGGAGGAACUCGCCAAGAUUGCCACAGCCCUGAGCGAGGACCCGGAGGAGAACGUCGGCGCCUUCAAAGCUCUCGCCAAGAUCGGCCAGUCGCGGAUCCCGACUAUCCAGAAGAUCACCCUGGCUACCCAGCUGGCCGUCUACAAGGACGUUAUCCCAGGCUACCGCAUUCGACCCGUUGCCGAAGAUGCACCCAUCGAGAAGCUGUCUAAGGAGGUCCGCAAGUUACGAGCCUUCGAACAGGCACUAGUCUCUGGAUACCAGGGCUAUAUUAAGGAGCUGGCGAAGUGGGCUAAAGCCGACAUCCCUGCCACGCGCAAGUCGGGUCAGAGCAUUUCGAGCGUGGCCAUCGCCUGUGCGUGCACACUUAUCAACGCGGUUCCGCACUUCAACUUUCGCAACGAUCUGCUCAAGAUUCUCGUCAGCAAGCUCUCGAAGCGCAAAGUCGACGCUGACUUUGUGAAAUGUCGCCGGGCUCUUGAGACUCUCUUCGUCGAGGAUGAGGAGGGCCGCCCAGCCAUGGAGGCCGUCUCACUGCUCGCCAAGAUGAUGAAGGCACGUGGUUUUGCCGUUGAUGAGAGCGUGCCCAACCUCUUCCUCCACCUACGCCUGCUUUCCGAGUUUGCUGGCACGGGAUCUCAGGACCGUGUUGACCGGCAGGCCGACCCCUCAGCACCACCUCCUAAGAAGAACAACAAGAAGGAGUUCCGCACGAAAAAGGAGCGCAAGGCACUCAAGGAGCAGAAGGCGAUCGAGAAAGACAUGCAACAGGCUGACGCUCUUGUCAGUCAUGAGGAGCGCGAUCGCAUGCAGUCUGAGACGCUCAAGCUCGUCUUCGCGACCUACUUCCGCAUCUUGAAGUUGCGUGUCCCGCAUCUUAUGGGUGCCGUGCUGGAGGGUUUGGCAAAGUACGCACACCUUAUCAACCAGGACUUUUUCGGUGAUCUCCUCGAGGCCUUGAAAGACCUGAUUCGUCACGCUCAAGAAGAUGCUGAGGGCGAUUCCGAACCUACCGAAGAGGAAGCCGCCGCCGCGGCCGCUGAGGAUGACGAUGAUGCUCCCGCUCGUAACACAACUCGCGAAGCCCUCCUCUGUACAGUGACAGCAUUCGCCCUCUUGGCCGGUCAGGACGCACACAACUCCCGCUCAGAACUGCAUCUCGACCUCUCCCACUUUGUGACCCACCUUUUCACUUCGCUUCCCGCGCUCUCGUUGAACCCAGAUAUCGAGUUGACAUCCAAAUCUCUGCACAUUCGCCCCGGCGCGACGAGAGACAACCGCGUAAAUCUGCAGACCACCACCGUCCUGCUCCUGCGCUGCCUCACGGCGGUGCUACUGCCCACCUACCAGAUCCGCUCCGUCCCGCCGCUGAGGUUGGCCGCUUUUUCCAAGCAGCUCAUGUCCGCUGCGCUUCACACUCCUGACAAGUCGACGCAAGCGGUACUGGCGCUGCUGCAGGACGUGGCGCACACACACGGCAAGAAGAUCAGUGCGCUAUGGCGUACUGAGGAAAGGAAGGGCGACGGCAUGUAUAAUGCACUGAGUGACAGUGUUGAGGGGAGCAAUCCGUUUGCGACUACUGUGUGGGAGGGCGAGUUACUGCGGAGGCAUUUCUCACCCAAGGUUAGAGAGGGUGUCAAAUUACUAGAGAAGAGUAUCGGAAACGCAUAA